UCAACGAUAAAUAAUCUCACGGACAUCCAUCAUCAUGGAAGAACCACGAAAACUCUUUCAACUACCAGGCAACGAAGAUGAUACCGAUCAAGGGUUAGAAUCAAAACUACAUCAAGAUGAGCAUUUACUACGUGCUGAGUCACCUUUGCUUGGGCAAAAAAAUAAUAUUAAUAUUGCUGGCAUUCCGAGAAAUAUUACUCUAAUUAGAGUGAGCACGCAGAGUAGUAGUAUUGGGGGUAUUGCUCGACAGGAUUCUUACAGGAAUCGCUCUAGGUCUGGUCCCAUCCGAAAAAUUCGUAGACGAGUGGUUCUAAAAAAUGGUGAAUGUAACAUCCUUCAAUCUCGUAUCUCACGAAGAUCUCUUCGAUUUCUCCAAGACAUCUUUACCACUCUAGUAGACACACAAUGGCGUUGGACUUUAUUGUGUUUUACAUUAAGUUUCGUACUGUCCUGGUUGGGAUUUGCAAUAAUAUGGUGGCUCAUAGCAUUCACUCAUGGUGAUUUUGAUGAAAAACAUUUACCUCCAUUUCAAGCUGAAAAUCAUUGGACUCCAUGUAUUUAUAAUAUUUUUUCAUUCACAAGCUGUUUUCUUUUUUCAAUCGAAACACAACAUACGAUUGGAUAUGGUAGUCGAUCAACUACAGAGGAAUGUCCUGAAGCGAUAUUUGUCAUGUGCAUUCAAAGUAUUGCUGGAGUUAUGAUUCAAGCUUUCAUGGUUGGAAUUGUUUUUGCUAAGAUGAGCAGACCGAAACAACGUACUCAAACAUUGUUAUUUUCAAGAAAUGCUGUCAUUUGUCAAAGAGAUGGUGAAUUGUGUUUGAUGUUCCGGGUAGCUGAUAUGAGAAAGUCUCAUAUUAUUGGAGCAAACGUAAGAGCUCAGUUGAUCCGAUCUAAAACAACCAAGGAAGGUGAAAUUCUUGCUCAUAAUCAACAAGAACUACAAGUUGGAACUGAUGGAUAUAAUGGAAAUAUUUUCUUCAUCUGGCCAAUGACUAUUAUUCACAGAGUAAAUGCUGAAUCUCCAUUUUAUAAUAUGACUGCUGAAGAUAUGCUAACUGAGCGUUUCGAAGUUGUGGUUAUUUUGGAAGGCACUAUUGAAUCAACUGGUCAAACGACUCAGGCGAGAUCAAGUUAUUUACCACAAGAAAUUCUUUGGGGACAUCGUUUCGAACCCAUGGUUUCAUACUCAAAAGAAAGGCAAGGUUAUGAAGUAGAUCACUCACUGUUUAAUUCUACAUCUCAAGUUGAUACUCCACUAUGUUCCGGUCGGGAACUUGCUGAAUUUUAUAAGGUUCAAGAUGAUUUACGUCAUGGUAUAGGUUGUGAUUCAAACAAAAUACAGGAAGCAUCUGAGAAAUGUACAUGUGGAAGUGAUGUUGGCAGAAACAAUAGUUUCUUAGAUUGUUAAAACACGGAUAUAAUAAUAAUGUCCAAGAGUGUUUUGAAGGACAUGGAGAUAGUAAAUACCAUCUGUAUUGGACUUGUAGUUAGAAUUUGAUUGAAAUCAUCGUCAAACUAAGUCAAAGAGAAAUUAUUCAUAAAAUGGAGCAGAGUUGUAAAUUUGUGUUGAAGUUGAUGAUUGUAAUGGUAUAUUCCUGAGUCAUUAUAAUUAAAUAGUAUUAUAUAAUUGUAGCAACAAGUCAACGUAUUGUAAUAGACCAAUAGAAAUGAGAAUAUUUAAGAAACUUAUGCCAAUAUAUUCAUUUGAUAAGCAAUAAAUUAUUGAACAAGAUUUA